AUGGUUUCUGGCAUGUUUGCCGUAAUGGUAACCCUGUCGGGCCUCAUUCCGGAUGCUUUAACAUCUCGCACAUCGUCGUGUACUACAAGUACUUUCAAGUCACUUGAGCUGAAAGGCAUUGACAUUACUUCUCUCGAUGUUACUCCUGCCCACAACCUUUCUACCAGCGGUCGCAACGCCACUGGUGGUGCUGGUGUCAUUCCAGAUAUUCCUGGCACCCCUGCGCCAACAGUGGAUAUCUGCUUGAUCACGAUUACAUACACACAUCGUGGCCAGGAAGAUGUCGUCAAUACGUACAUAGGGCUACCUCUCAAUAAAAAGGACUGGAACUCAGAGUUUUUGAUGACAGGUGGUGGGGGUUGGUACGCCGGUGGUCAGCCUGAGCUUUUCUCUCCAGUCCUGGCGGGAUAUGCAUCCUCCUCCACAGACGGAGGUCAUGACAAUGUCGCCACGCUGGCGGAUUGGGCGUUGAAAAAGAAUGGGGAUAUCAAUUGA